UGCACAAGGGGCUCUGCUGUCGCCACGGGGUACGACCCACCCUUUGUGCUGUGAUUAAUUACAUCAGGCGUGGAACUGAUUUUGUUGAUAAUAUUAUCGUGCAUUCGUUAGGGCGGUAAGAAGUGCUCGCUGGAAGGGUGCAACACGAGGGCUCUGCUGGAAGCAUGGUUAGUAGUGCACUACUAAUUGAGUCAGGUAAUACCUAUAUGUGAAAUAGUUGAGGGUGCUGAGUCUGUUGUGUUUUGCUUCACAUUGUUCGGUAAAUCAGGCGGCUCGGUAAAGUGCAAAGAGGACGGCUGCAACAAGAAGGCGAAGGCGCGAGGUCUAUGCUGGGCCCAUGGUGGAGGUACCAAGUGCCGCAACGCCGAGUGUUCCAAGGUGGCUGUAUCAAACGGAUUCUGCUGGGCACACGGCGGCGGCAAGCGCUGCGGAAUCAACGGCUGCAUCAAACCGGCGUACGAGCGCACGCACAACUUGUGUGAAGCACACUUUGUGCAUUUGCGCCACGCCAACUACUUUGAAGUGUGCGCAUUAUAUCAUUGGGUGGUCUUGCUUUGUAGAUGAGAAGUUGUCUGACGCAGGAAUUGUCUGUCUGCUCGGUGGGUUUGUCAGGUAAGCAUCAUCUAGCCGAAGGAAGCAUCCAUGGUAAACUACACUAACCUGUUCGUAAAAAAAAUAGUCAACGUGCUGACGGGCGUCAACUCCUACUUCAGAUUGAUUCACUGCCUUUUCACGAUAUCAACAGACUGGAAAUGGCGUGUCAUCUUUGUUUAGCUCGCGGUUUGCUGCACUCGUCCGCUCCGACCGCGAUUGCUUGCCAACUGACGGUGCAACUGAAUAGCCGCCAUGAUACUGAAAUGAAGCACGCUAGCUGACGCACGCAAGACAACCGCCAUCUCGGUUGAAUUUUCAGAUUGAUAUACGAUAGCAGUAAAACUUCGCGCACAUGUCAACAACGGGCAGAUAAAUGUCCAAACCCACAGACUCACGAGCCGUUGGAUACGUCAAAUUAUGCAUGUUGUUAUCAACUGAACACUGUUCGCAGACCGACGAGCUAGUACUUCGUGGUCAUAGAAGACGUCUUCCGGAGGAAACUCUGGAAGAUGUCACUCCUUUGCCAGCCGCACAGUCGACGGUGAUGCUUCAAAUGAAAUGGUCGGGGAGGGGGGGGGGUUAUGUAGCCAGCGCUGCAGCCGUGAUCCGAUCUUUAUGCGUUCGUCGUCAUGAGCCGCCGCACUCAACUCGCCUGUAAAGUGAUGUUUUACCAUUUGCAUGUGCAUCUUCACACGUUUGAUGGGCGUACGCACGGCGAAGACAGGCGUUUGCACUCGGCCUUUUUGCCGCUCAGCAAGAUGUUGUAGCUCGAAUCGAUGAAAACCCGGACUGUUCGCAACGGAGUCCCAUCUCAGCGCACACACCAUUUGCCCCUCACCACCCGCUGCUCGAGCUCCCAUUCGCCAAACUACGCAGCAGUUUUGACUGCUCCUCGACGUUCGACUCCAGUCCAGCCACAGAGUCCCAGGACCCAUGGGGCUAUCCCGUAGACCGAGCACAUAGCUGUCCAGAUUAGUAUCGAAGCGUCGUCCUCGGAUGGAGUCCACGAAAGAAGCAACGACUCAGCAUGUUCGUGCUUGCUGCAGCGUCAGGCGAGAGUCUACCCAAAAAACCACAUCUCCAAGUCUGUCCACGCAGAAGUCAGUGUCGCCGUAGAGCCCGCGCGCGUGAGAACACCCCUCUUAUUCCCACAAACUUGCUGACACUAGAGCUUGGAUAAGUUCUUGGAAUGGUCUUCUUGUAGCGCGGACAGCAACGAGUGCCAAUUCCGCCUGGGGUCUUGGUCUCAUCGGCACGAAAGCAGGCGCACAACAAGCUGCUGAGAAGGACGCCACCACUCAAAGAGCAGCACUGAAGGUUCAUAAGAAGUGACCUCGGUUUUCUGAGGGCCAUUGACCUCUGCAAGGCCAAACUUGAAGCUGUUCUUGAAGCUGCGAUCUCUUUGAAUGCAUUUUGCGCCCUAAUCUUAGCCUGCGAGGCUCGUAGGCUAAGAGUCUUACCCGUAGCCCGCGUUGCGAUUGUGCGAUCAGCCAGCCAGCCAGCCAGCUGGCUGGCCAGGCCAGCGCAGCUAAAUGCAGCACAGUGCAAGGAGAGCUCUCAAUUACUGUGUGUGGGAUCAGAUCUGCUAUCCAGUGCUGACUGUUAAGCGGACAUGGAGUUCUCGUGGCCGUUGUACACACACCGCCAGUUAGGUCAGUACAGGUGAAGGUCGAGCUAUUUACGGCUGAAGACCUGGUCUCCACCAGGUAACCACAGCGAAACGCCGAAGCGAAGGGCUCGAGAAUGGGAGCCAGGCCACCAACACGCACCCGCACCACGUAGACGCUCAGAGUCGAGAUGACAUUCGACCCCGCUUCGACGCCUUGCAUGCCCAGUCCAAAUUCAUCGGAGGAAACGGUUGGCGGAGGGCAGCGAGCCCGGAGGAACGCGCGCCAAUGGCAGGCGAGACGCCUGAUUUCACCAGAUCGGCGUGGUGGCAUUUGUAUCUUUCGGGGGUCGACCUUUCUGAGGACAUCGAAGGGGGGCGGCUCAGCCUCAUGCACUCGGCCGUUAUUGCGCACACAUCGACACCCAGCUAGCUCCAUUUUCUCCCGUGGCCAGCUCACCGCCCUCACUCGUCCGCUUUUCGCCGCCAAGCGCAUUUUGGUCCGACCGCUCCCCUUUCGUCGUAAAUAAUAAGGCAGAGUGGGACCUGGCCGAAUGAGGCGCGUCUCUGGCCCGCCGCAGCCGAUAGUGGGACCUGGCCGAAUGAGGCGCGUCUCUGGCCCGCCGCAGCCGAUCCACGGACCAAAUAAUUUCGAAGGCGCCGCGGUACCGUGAAGAGACCGACCGACAUGGCCUCAUUCGCCGAGCGAGCUUGAGCUUGAGGCUUGGGCUGCCCUUCCUGACAGACCACCGAGGCUGGAGACGGAUCUCAAUGGAGCUGAGCGACUUUGACAGGGCGUUGCAGCCGCCAGACGCGCUCGAGCCGGAACCGGCCACGCCGCCGCCCGACGAGCACAAGUUCGCCCUGCCCUUCAUCCUCAACGUGCCGGCCGCGGCCGCAUCUGUGGGCGCCAUCAGCUCCAGCGGCAGCGCGACGCAGCUCAGCAAGGAGGAGAAGAAGCGCCGCCGCACCUGCAAGCACGAGGGCUGUCGCAACUACAUCGUGCACAAGGGGCUCUGCUGUCGCCACGGGGUGAGUCUCUGUCUCUCUCUUUGUCUGUGUCUGCGUGUGGGACUGCUUAGUCAGCCACGUGGGGUCCGUCCCGGGGCCGUGGACGCGAUGGUGACACUCACGCGGACACUUGUUACUGGCCCCUCUGUCCACUGUGGCUCGCAGGGCGGCAAAAAGUGUACGCUGGAGGGCUGUUCGACCAGCGCCAAGCACCGCGGAUUGUGCUGGAAACACGGCGGCUCUGUAAAGUGCAAGGAGGUCGGCUGCGACAAGAAGGCCAAGGCGCGAGGGCUCUGCUGGGCCCACGGCGGAGGCACCAAGUGCCGCAACACCGGGUGCGCCAAGGUGGCCGUCUCCAACGGAUUCUGCUGGGCGCACGGCGGCGGCAAGCGCUGCGAGGUCAAGAACUGUAUCAAACCGGCAUACGAACGCACGCACAACUUGUGCGAGAAGCACUUUGUGCAGUUGCGUCACGCCAACUACUAUGAGCUGUGAAUUGAUGCAAGUCGAGAGGAGAGGAAGGCUCGAUAGACAUCAGAGUGCGGCUGUGACAGCAGCUUGGAGCGAAAGAAGCUACCAGAGCGUUGAUCAGACUGCAUGCGACAGCGACCAGCGGAAGAGGUUGCAGCAACUACGUCGCAGGAUCCCUCAUUAGGCGGACGUUCACCUGCUUCACUGCACGGUGUAAGCACUAAAUAGCUUGCUCAAACGACAUCUAUGUCGUUAGAUUACUGUUUGCCAAGACGUAGAAAUACAGACUGGAGUGAUUGAGACUGGCG